AUGACCAAGCCUCAGUAUCUAGAGUGGCUUAAAGAACGAGUCAAAGAGAAAAGAAUGGACCAAGAUAUCAGGGCCCUCGAGGCCGAGCUAGCAGGAGAAGCGCCUGCUGGUAACGUACAGACAGCGAUGUUAUCGAACAGCCAGAAGAGACCCAUUUCGGCGAAUGCAGAAACACUCCUGGCGAAGCAGCCGCGGUUGGCUAAGCCUCCAUCGUUCGCUGCGAAGAAUGUCCGUGAACUAUCCGACUAUGAAGUCGGGUGGACCCUGUAUUUCGCUGGAUUGGGCAUCGGAGAGGACCAGCACGCUACACGCAUACGUGUAGCAGCAACAUACCUCGAGGGAACUGCCGCACGGGCAUGGAUUCGAAAGGAGAAGGCCGUAGAGACAUGGCCUGCUUUCAUCCAGUUCCUUCGAGAUCUGAUUGUGGCUCCUGCCAACCGAGUUGCCACAGCGACGUUAAAACUUCAACAAAAGAGACAACGAAAGGGUCAGUCAGGGCGCGAAUUGCUCGACGAAAUCGAGGCUCUCGAGCAAGAUAUCCCUGAUGAUAUGACUCUGCGCGAGAGACGUGCCUGGCACUUCUUGAAUGCUCUUGACCCAGACCUCAGGAAUGCGGUUAUGAAGGAAACGAAGGAGAUUCAGAGUCGCGAGCAAAUCCUUGCGGCAAUCCAACGUUAG